UCAUCUCUUUCUCACUUGUAAGUUAGCACUGCUAGUGUAGUAUAUGAUUUUUCAUUGGUUUGACUUGUAGAUGGUUAUUCGUAAUGACCAUAGAAUUUUGUUUAAGUAUUUUCUCUCUCUAGGAAAUAAGGCUAAUGUUAGGGUGAUUUUUUUUCAUAUCACUUUGGAGGCAGGAUAACUCUUCUCAAGUCGGUCUUGAGUAAUCUUUCCAUUUUCACUUUAUCUUUUUACAAAGCUCCGAUUAAAAUCACUAAGGAAAUUACUAGGAGUCAAAGUAAUUUUCUUUGGGAUGGUUUUGAGGAGAAAAGGAAGGUUCAUUGGGUGAGUUGGAAGAAUUUAUGUCUUCUGAUAGAGAAAGGGGGUCUUGGUCUUAGGAGGAUGGGAGAGUUUAACGUUGCUCUCCUUAACAAGUGGAGGUGGAGAAUAUUAGCAAAAGAAAAUGCCUUGUGGUAUAAUGUGUUGAAGGCCCGGUAUGAAAGCAUUAAUUUAAUAGUCAUACAAGGGGGGAAAGGUGGCAAGAUUAGUAACUCAAAAUCGGUUUUGUGGAAGGAUAUCCUCUCUUUAAUAAAAGAGGAAUCAGAAGACAUCUUUGUUAAGAAGGCUUGUUUCACUCUUGGGAAUGGUUACACCACUUUCUUUUGGUCUUCUUCUUGGUUGCCUAGUGGCCGUUUGCGAGACUUAUAUUUGUCUUUAUUCUCGUCGUCUUUGUUGAAGGAAGCUUCGGUGGAAAGUAUGAAAGGUUGGCAUAUGGGUUUGUAGGAGUAGGGAGAUUUUGGAAUUUCUAAUCCGAAUAAUAGUUUUUUUUUGAAGAAGUGCUUUCUUUACGGAGUGUUCUUCAAACGGUCUCUCCUUGUGUGGAUUCGAAGGAUAAGGUUAUUUGGAAGGAUGGAGAGGAGCAUGUUUACACGGUGAAAUGUGGUUAUACUCUCUUUAACUUUUCCUAUAUUCCUUUUGGUCCAGUUAAUAUUCAUGACAAGGCUUAUGUUGAAGUUUGGAAGAUAUUCGUCCCUCAAAAAAUAAAGGCGUUUGGUUGGAGGUGUUUUAUUGAGAGGCUUCCAACAAGAGAUUCUCUUCUUAGUCGAGGGAUCAAGUUCAAAAGAAGAAGUAACAUGUGACGACGCCAAGAUUUAUCUCCAGGAAAUAAAAGUUGCAUUUAAAGACGAGAAGCAAAAGUUCAAUGAGUUUUUAAAGACCAUGAAAGAUAUCAAGAAAAAAAGAGCUGAAAUAGCGAGUAUGCUGGCAAGAGUGAAGGAAAUGUUUGAAGGGCAUGGAGAAUUGUUAUUGAAAUUUAAUACCUAUUUGUCAGAUGAAUUUGAAAUCGCACCUUCGCCAGAGAAGCCAGAAGUGAAGAAGCCAGAAGUAAAUAUUGAAUAUGCUAGGAAAUAUUUGGACAAUGUCAAGACUCGUUUUCAAGGUGAUCCUAACGUUUACAAAUCGUUUUUAACUAUACUGAAUAUGUAUAGAAACAAAGAAAAGAGUCGUGAGGAGGUUUUACAAAUGGUUAUUUCACUUUUUAAAGACCAGUCUGAUCUUGUUGAGGGGUUUAUUGACUUUCUUCCAUGAUGUGCCUUGUGAUGUUUAUUAAUUUUAUUUCAAGAGAAGACUAUGAUGAGUUAAUAAAUACAUAUGUAUAUGGUUACAGAAGAAUUUUGUAUUUUUAAAUUUAUUUAAUGGUUGGAAUUUGAUACUUGAACCUUGAAAUU